AAACCCCUCAGUUGUUGUCUGUUACUGCUGGGACACACUGGGCUGUAAAGGUCGAUGUCUGUCAAGUGUAUAACUCCUUAACUUGAACAGGGAACACUGCACACUUUUCUGCUUACCUCUGAGAACAUACUACCCAGUGGGAACAACAGAGAAGAGAAGCGAAUGCUAUAGACAACAACCUGAGGUCCUCCAUUGGAGAAGGUUUGCUGGAAUGGGUAACCUGCUAAAAGUCCUUACAAGAGAAAUAGAGAACUAUCCGCACUUUUUCCUGGAUUUUGAAAAUGACAAACAAUGGAAACGAAAAGCCGCCUCUCGCUCCACUUCGUCCUCCUGCGCUUCUUCUUCCUUCUCCUCCCUCUGCUCGUUCCUUCAGCCAAAACCAAAUGGGGAAUCUGUUAAAAGUUCUCACUUGCACAGAGCUUGAACAGGGGCCAAACUUUUUCCUUGACUUUGAAAAUGCACAGCCGACAGAAGGAGAGCGUGAGGUGUGGAACCAGGUGAACUCUGUCCUGCAAGACUCUGAGAGCAUCCUGACGGGUCUGCAGGCGUAUAAAGGGGCGGGGCAGGAGAUCAGAGAUGCGAUCCAAAAUCCCAACAACAGGACGCUGCAGGAGCGCGCGUGGGACGCCGUCUGCCCGCUGGUCAUCAAACUCAAGAAGUUCUACAGCUUCUCCCUCAGAUUAGAGGAGGCGUUGAAGAGUUUGUUGGUGUCUCUGACGUGCCCACCCCUCACCCCCACACAGCAUCUGGAGAGGGAGCAGGCUCUGGCCAAGCAGUUCGCAGAGAUCCUCCACUUCACGCUGCGCUUCGAUGAACUCAAGAUGAGAAUUCCUGCCAUCCAGAACGACUUCAGCUACUACAGGAGGACGAUCAGUCGGAACCGGAUAAACAACAUGAACCUGGACAUUGAAAAUGAAGUCAACAAUGAGAUGGCCAAUAGGAUGUCUCUGUUCUAUGCUGAGGCCACGCCCAUGCUGAAAACACUGAGCACCGCUACGACGAACUUCGUCACAGAGAACAAAAGUCUUCCACUGGAGAACACCACCGAUUGCCUCAGCACCAUGGCCAGCGUCUGUAAGGUCAUGCUGGAGACACCGGAGUAUUCAAGUCGCUUCAGCAGCGAGGACACGCUGCUGUUUUGCAUGCGGGUGAUGGUGGGAGUCAUCAUUCUUUAUGACCACGUCCAUCCAAACGGCGCUUUUAACAAGUCCUCCAAGAUAGAUAUGAAAGGCUGCAUAAAGGUGCUGAAGGAUCAACCAGCAGAUAACGUUGAAGGGCUCUUGAAUGCUCUCAAGUUUACUACGAAGCAUCUGAACGACGAGUCCACUCCGAAGAACAUCCGAACUAUGCUUCAGUAACCGCUUUUUUGUUGUUGUUUUUUUUUUAUAAAUAUUGAUAUGAAGAGGAUCAUUGUGACCUCAGACAAGAUGUAAAUGUUUACAUUAUUUAAAAAGAUGUUGUUCAUACUUCUGUGUAUCGUGUAAAAUCAUACACUCCAGUUUCAUUUGCCCUUCGGCUUUCAUUUUAUCACACAACAAGUGAGCAAGGCGGCAAAAAAUAUGAGCUAAACUCUACAUGAUGCAGAAUAAAUGCUCUCAUUCCAGGCUUUGAGGUGGACUAUAAUCAUUUCUGCACUCUGCAAUCAGUCUGGAUCCCAUCCGACCAAAGCUCAUAGUUCCAGUAAAGAUUCAUGGUCCAGCCUGCGUUAUUAAUUCUAUGGGAAAGUUUCAUUGAUUUUAACUGGUUAGCUUGAAACUCCACUGAAAUGUGCCUGUUUAAUUUAGUUAUAAACGAUUUUUAGUGCAGAGGUGAUUCGGUAUUCAUAAAAUCCCUCUCGCUAAAUAUUUCUUCUCUAUAGCCAGGCUUGAGGACUUUAUAAUUGGAUUAAAUAUUAUGCUGCUGGAAUAAAAGAGACAUUUAUCUCCAGUUCUUUUACACGUUAUAUCAAUAAAUCUGCCCGCCGUCUAUCAUUGUUUAACCAAAAAUAUUUAAUUCUAGAUCAAUUAAAUUGAGAGUUGUAAUAUUUUUGACCCAUAGAUGGAAACA